GCAGGAGGGUGAGCUCAUGGCAAAGCUGCCCCAGUCAUGUGGAGCAGCCACAGCUGUUGGUGCCCUUGGGCUGUGGGACAGAGGGGCCAACAGCAUAAAGCCCCACAGCCAGCAAAGCUGCCGGCAGCACCAGGAGCGAGGACUGGGAACUCCCUGCUGGUGGUAGCAAGAAGAGGACACAUCCUGCACAGGACUGUGCACUGCAGGCAGACAUGGAGCUGGAUGUGGAACGGGCCAAGGAGCUCAUUGAGCAGAAGCUGGCAGAGGAGGAGAAGGAGGAGAAACUCAAAGGGGAUGGUGCACAGGAGCCACCGGCUGUGGAGCGGAUGAACACACCUGAGCUGGAGGAGGAAAAACACCGUGGCCCCAGGAACUGGGGUCUUGAGGCCAUCAAGGGCCAGGAGAAGGUGCGGAGGAGUUCAGUGGAUCUGAGGCGGGAAAUCAUCGACGUGGGGAGCAUCCAAAGACUCAUCGAGCUCCGCAAGCAGCGCCGGCAGCGCCGGGCUGAGCGGGCAGCCACCCCUGAGCCCACCCCACCACCUGAGCCCCUGGAAACUGAGGGUCCUGUGGAGCCAGAGACCUUCCUGCGAGCUGCUGUCCAGGGCAAGAUGCACAUCAUUGAGAAGUUUCUGGCAGACGGUGGCUCCCCCGACACAUGUGAUGAGUUCCACCGCACAGCCUUGCACCGCUCCUCGCUGGAGGGACAUGUGGAAAUCCUGCAGAAGCUGCUGGACAGUGGGGCCACUGUUGACUUCAGGGACCGGCUGGACUGCACUGCCGUGCACUGGGCCUGCCGGGGUGGGCACCUGGAUGCUGUCAAACUGCUGCAGGACCACGGGGCAGACCUCAAUGUGAAGGACAAGCUGCUCAGCACACCCCUUCACGUGGCCACCCGAACUGGACACCUUGACAUUGUGGAACAUCUCAUCCACUGUGGGGUGGAUAUCAAUGCCCCAGACAGGGAAGGUGACACAGCACUGCAUGAUGCCACACGGCUCAGUCGCUACAAGAUCAUCAAAACACUGAUCCUGCAUGGGGCUGACAUGAUGGCCAAGAAUGAGGCUGGCAAGACCCCGACAGACCUGGUGCAGCAGUGGCAGGUGGACACACGCCAGGCGCUGGAGACCAAGGAGCAGCAGCAGGGGGAAAUGGAGGUCCCUGCAUGAUGGCACCAGGCAGGGACCAGGGGCUGGUCUCAGCUCCAAGGAGCUGGAUCCAGACAAGACUUGUUUGUGUCAAUAAAAAUC